AUGGCGUACGGCGUUUCUUCAACAACCGCAAUAGCAUUCUCUGCAAUCAUAUUCAUUCUCUCCAUUGCAGAUGCUUCCGUCGAUACUAAGCUCAAAUGCACCAAAACAUGCAUCUCCGACAGCUGCGAUAAUGUGGCGAUUAGAUACGGUAAAUAUUGCGGAAUUGGAUGGACUGGUUGUCCUGGUGAAGAACCUUGCGAUGAUCUUGAUGCUUGCUGUAAGCAUCAGGAUGCCUGCAUGGAUAAACAUGGUGUAGGAGAUGUGAGAUGUUUCCAUAUUCUGAACAAUUGCAUAGAUGAUUUGAAGAAGUCUGGAAAGAACAAUGGAUUUUCUCUAAAGUGUCCAUAUAAUGUGGCCAUUCCCACCAUUAUACAGGACACAAAUAUGGCUAUCUCCCUUAAUGAUUUGCGAAACAAAGUCAUGUCUAAAUAA